AAAAAAAAAGUUUAUUUUAUCGCUUUGGGGUUUCAAGCAGAUUUGCUUUGUUCAGCUUCCAGCUGCCCAGCGCUGCCAGCUUUUGGGAUUUCUGGUUUUCCUGGCUGCCAACAGGGGCCAAAGUGCUGGGGAAAGGGAACACCUCCAGUCUGACUCCCUACAAUUUAGACAGCUCAACAAAGCUUAUUUCAGCGAGGUGUGCAGCCAGCUUCAUGCUGGGGCUCACGCUGAGGGUCGAGUCCCUGCUGUCUUGGGGAAGAAACGUGUUUGCAGCAGGCAAAGCCUGGGCUGGGCUCAUUAGCAGCCAUCUGGUCCCUUUAAGGCCAAGUGGCUCAGGGCUCUGGGGGCAGUUUGGAUGUCCUGGGCUGCCGUGCAGACCUCAUGUCUGUCCCUCACUGAGUCUCAUGAGCCCUGGAUGGAGCAAGAAAACACCCAGCUGGCUCUCAGCUCCGGAGAUGCCAAGUGCUGAGCGUCUCCAGGGGUUUUGGGCUCACUCCACUUCUCUGUUUAACAUCCACUUCGCGAUUUAUUUUGCUGGGCAGGGAAGAGGAGGUAAUCCUUCCUUGAAGGGUGAUUCCUGGCCAGGAGGAGCAGCCAUCUCUGGGUUCUCUGCUCUGCGGUCGUUGCGGUUUUGAUAUCGUGGUCAGGGCCAGAAAGGUGGUUUCAAGUCGGGCUUUUCCGUCUCUCUGCAUGCAGCUGAGUUCUGCAAAAUCGCUGGGUUUGGAGGCUGUGCAAUGCUGGGGGCCCUGGGGAUGUAUCAGCAUCCCUGCUAAUGCACAGCAGACGGCUCUGAGCACCUCCCUGGGGCUGGUGGGCUUCGAUGGGGAUGUGGGGGGGGCUCAGAUGAACUCGCUGGGUUUGUUUGGGAGGGUUGGGCCGUGUUUCUUGUUCCCUGAAGCCUCUUGGGUAGGUGGGCACAGAGGGAAUAGCAGUGGGAGUGGCAGCUGUUUGGGGCUACGCGUGGGUCCCUGGGGGUUUGGGGUGGGCAGAAAGCAGUGUGUGCUGGGCAGAGCCCUCAAGGCAGGCUGGGGGGGUUCUGCCUCACUGCCCGUGCGUGAUGCCAACCAAAUAAGUACCCAGUGGGAGGCAAGGCAGGAGUUGCAGACACCCCUUCCUUCCUCCUUCGCUCUUCUCUCGCUGCUCUUCCCUUCUGUUCCCGACGUUUUUGCUGAUGGAGGCCAUGUUUUUCCCAACACAGCGAUGCUCCCAUGGCUACCAGGGAGCUCAAAGCCGUGCGGUGAGCUUGUAGAGCCCCGUGCAGCUGCAAAGCCCGUGUGGGCAGCAGGGUUACGUGUUGAGUCAGCCCCAGACGUCGGCCCCGCUGCCUUCCCCACUCGCUGUCUUAUUUUGUCCGUCUUAUUUUGUCUUCGGGGAAACCCAGCAACAGCCCCACAGCUGUGGGGCCGAGCAGCCCUUCCCCACCUGCCUGGGGGCUGCCAAAUCUUCACUUAAGCCACCACACUUCCAAGCUCCUGACGCUUCCUUUCUGUGUUUGCAGGGAGGGAGGGCCGUACCUCCAGCCCUCAGCGUCCAUCCACGAUGGGCUCCUCCGUUCCAAACUGACCCCUGGGUGCACGCCCAUGGCCGCGGCUCUCUCUGCUCUCUCGUUAGGUCCUUAACGAGCUCUCCAAGCCCUUCACCCUUACCUUUCCCCUCCGCCCAGGUGGCCGGCGGUGCAGCAUGCCUUCCUCCUGAGCCCUGAGCACGGUUAGGAAGCGAUCCCAGAGCGAUGUCUGCCACGCGUGGCAAUGGAGAGCACUGGAAGUCCCUGGAGUCGGUGGGCAUCAGCCGCAAGGAGCUGGCGCUGGCCGAGGCCCUGCAGAUGGAAUACGACGCGCUGUCGCGACUGCGGCAGGACAAGGAGGAGAGCCGGGCCAAGCAGCGCGCCGAGCCGCCCCUCAUCUCCUGGGAUGAGCCCGAAAACACCCAUGGGUGCACCGGGAUCAAAGCCACGCGUGGUCUGUCCGGCUCCGACCCUGCGCUCUGCAAUAAUGCAGCGCCCGAGGGGCUGACCCCAGCCCUCCCCACGCCCCCGCCACAGCCCAACGCUGCACCCACCGGCACAGAGGGUCCGGGCUGGCUGAAGACCCCGCUGGCCGGGGACUACCUCUACAUCUUCGAUGGCUCUGAAGGUGAUUUUCUCGGGGAGCCCCUAAAUGGCACUUCACCUCUUGACAGCAAUGGAGGAUCCCCCAAAAAGCUCUCCCCGCCGCCGCUGCCUCCCCGGAAUUCCGUGCGGAGCCACCCCGAAGGCAGCCGGCGCCUGGGGAAGGGAUCCCCGCCGUCCUCCAAAGGACCCCAGCCCAGGGACGUCAACGUGUUCUCAGCCCAUGAGCAGCCCCGCGGCAAGCUGCUCGCCCGCCGCAUCUCCGAGGAGGAUCCCUACGGCCUGGCUGACUACGAGGGCAUCAACGAUGCCAUCACCUGCCUCAACCUAAAGUCCACCUACGAGUCCCAGGUGCUGCGGGAAGCUGCCCGCAGCUGGAAAGAGGGCAGGAGCAUCUUUGAGAAGGAAUCGAGUGGUAAACCGGUGGCACGGAGCAAAACCAUGCCCCCCCAGGUCCCCCCGCGGACCUACGUCUCCCGAUUUGGCAACAGGAAGAAUGUGGCACCCAACAAGAACCGCAGGAUCUCUGCUGACCCGGUCCCACCCAGGCCACGCUCCUUAGCCAAUGGCUAUGAGCUCUUUGAGGUGUCGGAGGAGAGGGACGAGGAGGUGGCUGCUUUCUGCCAUAUGCUGGAUGUGCUGCGGUCCAGCUCCAGCCCCCAGGACUAUUCCCUGACCGGCUUCGUGUGGAGUGCAGUCAGCCUCAGCCCUGAGCACCUGGGGCACGGCAUCAGCCUGAAGGUGACAGUGCUGUGUGACAGCCUGCAGGAGCCCCUCACCUUCACCUGCGACUGCUCCUCCACUGUGGAUCUGCUCAUCUACCAGACGCUGUGCUACACGCACGACGAGCUGCACACCGUUGAUGUUGAGGAUUUUGUGCUCAAGCUCUGUGGCUUGGAGGAAUUCUUGCAAAACAAGCACGCGUUAGGGAGCCAUGAAUACAUCCAGCACUGCAGGAAAUUUGACAUCGACAUCCGCCUGCAGCUGAUGAGGAGGAAGGCGGUGCGCAGCGACCUGGCCCGGACGGCCAGCGAUGACCAGAGCCCCUCCACCCUCAACCACUACAUCCACCUCCAGGAGAGGCCUAUCAAGCAGACCAUCAGCAGGCAGGCCCUGAGUCUCCUCUUCGACACCUUCCACAACGAGGUGGAUACAUUCCUGGCAGCUGAGGGAGACUUCCCACUGAAGGCAGAGAGGGUGAUCCAGUCGGUCAUGGCCAUCUGCAACGCCCUGGCUGCCGUUGAGUCACAGGAAAUCACAACAGCCCUCAACCAGAUGCCCCCCUGCCCCUCCCGCAUGCAGCCCAAAAUCCAGAAGGAUCCAAAUGUUCUGGCCAAGAGGGAAAAUCGAGAGAGGAUCGUGGAGAGCCUGACGGCUGCCAUCCUGGACCUGGUGGGGCUUUACUGCAGCACCUUCAAUGCUGACUUCCAGACAGCUGUGCAAUGGAGCCGGGAGCACGGCGUGGUGCAGGAGGCUCGCCUGCUCUCCUGCCCACUCUCCUUCACCGUUUACGCCACGCACCGCAUCCCCAUCACCUGGGCUGCCAGCUAUGAAGAUUUCUACCUCUCUUGCUCCAUCACGCACGGUGGUAAGGAGCUAUGCAGCCCCCUGCACACCAGAAAGGCCCACGUCUACAAGUACCUUUUCCACCUCAUCAUAUGGGACCAGCAGAUCUGCUUCCCCGUCCAGGUGAACCGACUGCCACGGGAGACGCUGCUCAGCGUCACGCUCUUCGCCGUGCCCGUCCCCCCCCCGGGGAGCUCCUCUGACACCAACAGGCAGCGGCGGGUCCCUGAGGCCCUGGGCUGGGUCACCACUCCGCUCUUCAACUUCAGGCAGGUCCUGACCUGCGGGAGAAAGCUUUUGGGCUUGUGGCCGGCGACCCAGGACAACUCCAGAGCCAGAUCGAGUGCCCCCAACUUCAACCAACCCGACAGCGUCAUCCUGCAGAUCGAUUUCCCCACCUCUGCUUUCGACGUGAAGUUCGUGAGCCCGCUGGCGGCCGAGGUGAGCCCCAAGUACGAAUUUGGCAGCCUGGGUGAGGAGGACCAGCGCAGGCUGCGGGAGGCGAUGCAGAAGAAAUCGCUCUAUUGGUUGACAGAUGCGGACCGCAAACGGCUGUGGGAGAAGCGCUACUACUGCCAUGCAGCACCCGGCUCGCUGCCCAUGCUGCUGGCCAGUGCACCCAGCUGGGAGUGGGCCUGCCUGCCUGACAUCUACGCCCUGCUGAGCCAGUGGACCUACAUGAGCCACCAGGAUGCCCUGGGGCUCCUUCAUGCCACGUUCCCGGACCAAGAGGUGAGGAGGACGGCCGUGCAGUGGAUCGACUCCAUCUCUGACACGGAGCUGCUGGACUACUUGCCCCAGCUGGUCCAGGCCUUGAAGUAUGAGUGCUACCUGGACAGCCCACUGGUGCGCUUCCUCAUGAAGCGAGCAAUCUGUGACCUGAAAAUCACCCACUAUUUCUUCUGGCUGCUGAAGGAUGGCCUGAAAGAUUCCCAGUUCAGCAUCCGCUACCAGUACCUGUUGGCAGCUCUGCUGUGCUGCUGCGGGAAGGGGCUGCGGGAGGAGUUUGACCGGCAGUGCCUGCUGGUCAACACAUUGGCCAGGCUGGCCCAACAAGUGAGGGAUGCUGCUCCGUCCGCACGCCAGGGCAUCCUGCGUGAGGGGCUGGAGGAGGUGAAGCAAUUUUUCAAGGCUAAUGGGUCGUGCCGGCUGCCGCUCAGCCCCAGCCUGCUGGUGAAGGGGAUAGUGCCCCGGGACUGCUCCUAUUUCAACUCCAACGCCGUCCCACUGAAGCUCUCCUUCCAGAACGUCGAUCCCCUCGGAGAAAAUAUCCGGGUCAUCUUUAAGUGCGGCGAUGAUCUGCGGCAGGACAUGCUGACACUGCAGAUGAUCCGGAUCAUGAACAAAAUCUGGGUGCAGGAGGGGCUGGACAUGCGCAUGGUCAUCUUCCGCUGCUUCUCCACGGGCCGUGGACGAGGCAUGGUGGAGAUGAUCCCCAACGCCGAGACCCUACGCAAAAUCCAGGUGGAGCACGGUGUGACGGGCUCCUUUAAGGACAGACCACUGGCUGACUGGCUGCAGAAACACAACCCCGAGGAGGAUGAAUAUGAGAAGGCUGUGGAGAACUUCAUCUCCUGCGCUGGCUGCUGUGUGGCCACCUAUGUGCUGGGGAUCUGCGACCGGCACAACGACAACAUCAUGCUCAAGACCACCGGCCACAUGUUUCACAUCGAUUUUGGCAGGUUCCUGGGCCACGCUCAGAUGUUUGGCAACAUCAAGAGGGACCGGGCACCGUUUGUCUUCACCUCAGACAUGGCAUACGUCAUCAAUGGUGGGGACAAGCCCUCUAGCCGCUUCCACGACUUCGUCGAUCUGUGCUGCCAGGCUUAUAACCUGAUCCGCAAGCACACCCAUCUCUUCCUCAACCUGCUGGGGCUGAUGCUGUCCUGUGGCAUCCCUGAACUUUCCGACCUGGAGGACCUCAAAUAUGUCUACGAUGCACUAAGGCCACAGGACACUGACGCUGAUGCCACCACCUACUUCACCAGGUUGAUUGAGUCCAGCCUGGGCAGUGUGGCCACCAAACUCAACUUCUUCAUCCACAACCUGGCACAGAUGAAGUUCACAGGCUCUGAUGCCCGCCCAACCCUCUCCUUUGCCCCCCGCACACACACCAUCAAGACGUCCGGCCGGAUCUGCGAUGUCUUCCUCUGCCGCCAUGAGAGGGUCUUCAACCCCAGCAAGGGCUAUACCUACGUGGUGAAGGUGAAACGGGAGAGCCCGAGCGAGGUGACCUUUGUGCAGCGCACCUUUGAGGAGUUCCAGGAGUUGCACAACAAGCUGCGCCUGCUCUUCCCCUCCUCGCUGCUGCCCAGCUUCCCCAGUAGGUUCAUUAUUGGCCGAUCACGAGGAGAGGCAGUAGCUGAGAGGAGGAAAGAAGAACUCAAUGGCUACAUCUGGCAUCUCAUCCACGCUGCCCCCGAGGUGGCCGAGUGUGACCUCAUCUAUACCUUUUUCCACCCGCUGCCCAGGGAUGAGAAGGCAGCUGGCACCAACCCGGCCCCAAAGCCAGCAGACACCACAUGGGCUCGUCCCCUGGGGAAGGUUGGCGGGGAGGUGAAGCUCUCCAUCUCCUACAAGAACAACAAGCUCUUCAUCAUGGUGAUGCACAUCCGGGGGCUGCAGCCCCUCCAGGAUGGCAACGACCCUGACCCCUAUGUCAAGACCUACCUGCUGCCUGAUCCCCAGAAAACCACUAAGAGGAAAACCAAAGUGGCCCGGAAAACCUGCAACCCUACCUACAACGAAAUGCUGGUCUACGAUGGGGUGCCUCGGGGCGACCUGCAGCAACGGGAGCUGCGGCUGAGCGUGCUGAGCGAGGAAGGCUUUUGGGAGAACAUUCUCCUUGGGGAGGUCGGCAUCCGCCUGCGGGACCUCGAUUUGGCACAGGAGAAGAUGGGGUGGUUCGCCCUUGGAUCCCGUGGCCACGGCACGCUCUGAGCUCCAGGAAUGGGCACCGAUGCCAGGAUGUGCCCAGAGGGAGCUGCCGUUAGACGUCUUCUUUUUUAAGUUUACCUUGUGUCAAGGGAGCAAUGCUGGGGGGGUUGGGUGGGAAGGAGUGUCAGGGUGCGUCGGGGGGGGUUAUUUCUUCCUUUGGGAUAUCUGUAUUUUAAUUUUUUUAAUGACAACGUGUAGCACGCGGCCAGGCGCCGGGGCGGUGGCAUCGCCAAGGUUGGUUUCGGGACAUCUGUUCCCCACUUUGAUGCCGUUGAGGCCGUUCCCAGCGCAGGGGAUUUGCUCCCAAAGGAGAGCAGCAUGGCAGGAGCCCAUCCCGAAAUGGGAGACCCCCGCCAACACCCCCUGGGGAGCACGGCCACCUCCUUUCCCCCCGCCUGGCCCUGUGCUGGGGUGCAGGCUUGGUGCCUGUGGUGCUUUGUUUACAGCGAGAGCUCCGUAAACGGACGAAAUGUUUCUCAGGAUCGAGAAUAAUGAACUUAAACUUUAUAUUAAAAGUUUUAAAGACUGUAUCGAGCGGGAGAGGGCCUGGGGGAGGUGGCAUGGGGCACCCCCCAGCAGCGGGACCCUCCUGGCUGUAGCACGGCAGAGUGAAAAUAAAGCGAUGAAGUGCACGGGGCAGCGUGGGACCUCGUGUGA